GUCCAUUUGGAUGUGACUCGGGGGGUUGGAGACGAUCGAUAUUCUUGUACUUCUUUUUAACCAACACCAUAACCUCGUUCCCUCCGUCGUAAAUAUCUCCUUUCUUUUUCUCAUUGGUUCUUACUCUCUGGGAAUUUGAGUCUUUUCUUAACGUAAACGGUCACGCCGGAGAGUGCGUAAUACAAUGACGGAACUAGGGCAAGAUAUCAAGAUUAUUUGCCAGAAUAGCAUCAUCAAAGGUCCUGGGGCAAAAUCGGUGGACGGACAUCCUUGGCGAAAUUGGAAAAUCAAGCUUGUUGCCGUCGAUAAAGGAAAAGAGAAGAAGGGCAAAUUAUCACUUUUAUUGGAUCAUGUGGAUUACAUUCUACAUCCAACCUUUGAGAAUCCACGGCGGGUGGCUACCAAGGAACCGUAUACGCUGCAGGAAAAAGGAUGGGGUGAAUUCGACAUGCGAAUUGUGCUGUAUUUUACCAAUAACCUGGCCCAUCCCGAAAUCAUGCUUUUCGAUCUUAAUUUCGUCCAACCCUCGUACUCGAUUAUCCAUCGCAUAGCGUUCAAUAACCCAUCUCCAGAACUGAUUAACCUAUUAGCUACGGAUGUUGCACCUCCUUCCAAUGCGAAUGGCCAACCCACUGUAGCUAAUAAGCGACGUCCCAGUCAUUCUCAUGUUGCAUCGAAAUCUUUGAAAUCCCCUAUUCCAUCCUCACCGGGUUUGGUCAAGCGUGAAGAAACCCCCGGUCGUGCAUUAUCCCCUUCAACACCAUCUUAUCAUACCGGCAAUACUUCUGUGCAAUACCCAUCCACAUUUUCAGCCUCACCACCGCCACCGUCAUUCACUUCUCCUGACGGCAUAAUGUCAACGUCCCCUACCGAGUUUCAAAACUCAAUUACGCCUUUAGGGUUUGCGUCCGAUUACGACAUUAGUAUCGCGGGAUUGUCUGAUAUUGGAGAUGAGGAUCAGCAUCAAUCUCGAAGGAAACGGACCAAAUCCAACGAUAAAAGCAUUGUGGAUGAUAUCUACAGCGAAAGAGAUCUCAACAGCGUCAACCCGAUUCACCGCAUGAAGCUGGAUUCAGAGACAUGCCAUGCGUGGGGAAUUCCUGAGGGAUUUGAUAUGCUUGGGCUGGCAAGGCGAUUAAGCACCAUGACUCCCGAUCAAGCGGAGCAAUUUCACGCGAUUGUACGGCAGCAUAUGACGAACGAUAUGUCGGUGGAAGAAACAGAUUCCGAGCUUGUUCUGGAUCUCUACUCUUUGGGGCCUUCCUUAUUGAAACGAUUAUGGUCAUUUACUGAGAAAACUAUAGCAUCACAAAAACAUGUUACAGAUCAUAGCAACGGUCACGAUUCGAAUUGAUUGCCCUGACUUGCCCACUUUUUAGCUUGCCAUCUUCUUCCCACAAUUCAUAACCCUCUUUUUAUUUUGUUUUUCCUCUCAUUUUCUAAUAAUAUUAGUUUGCAUCUGCAAGGCAUUCAACACACUGGAG